AUGGAUGCCCUUCUACAUGAGCUUGUUUCGGAAGAUAUCAAUGGUGUAGUUGCUGGAUACACCACUUCUUCAGCUACGCAAUACCUCGGGGCACAUGGAACAAAGAAUAGCCAGACCCGUGAACCGCUCGCUUUAGACACACGGGUUGCUCUAUUCAGCUGCACAAAAUCCAUGACGGCUAUGGCAGCCCUCAAACUAUGGGAAGACGGCCGCUUGGACUUGGAGCGUCCAGCAAAAGAGUACCUUCCUACUUUAGGAGACAUUGGUGUCAUGGAGAACUUUGACAUGGAGACAGGAGAAUAUACGCUCCGCAGACCCAAAACAGACAUUACGGUCCGCCAUUUGCUUCUAAGUAACUCGGGCUUUGCCUAUCCGUUCACAGAUCCACGGUACGCUGUUUUGGGCAAGAAAUCCGGUGCAAACAGCUUCUCCAUGCCGCUUGUUUCUGAUCCCGGUUCUCGCUGGAUCUACGGCCACUCGAUGGAUUGGGCUGGGCUUGUAAUUGAAGCGAUUGCGGAAAUGAAGCUUUCCCAGUUUCUCCAGCAACAAAUAUUCUCCAAGGCUGGUAUGACAUCGUGCACUUUCCAAGUCGAAGAUCCGAACAAGUUAAUGCCUGUCCACAUUCGUCGGGAUAGUAGCUUGAAAGUGAUGAGGAGGCAGCCGCUUGAGUAUAAGCCGAAAACUGACAUGGGUGGUCAAGGUUGUUUUGCUACUGUAGCAGACUACCUUCGUUUCCUCCGUGUUUGGCUUAACUAUGGAACUAGCCCUGAUACGGGGUAUCGUAUAUUGAAGCGGGAGACUGUUGAAUAUGCAAUUCGAAACCAUCUUCCGCCUGGUCAACAUAUGGAGUUUGCUGCGGGCGGAGAGGGCUUUAAGCCAGAUGGCUUUACUAUGGCCGGAUGUGCCUAUAGUAACAAUCAGUUGCCUACUGGUAGGCCUGAGGGUCUGCUUUACUGGGGCGGCUUGGCCAACUUAUUUAUUUGGCUUGACUUUAAAAACGAUGUGGCGGGGAUUUUUGCUUGCCAGAUCUUGCCUUACAUGGAUCCAAAGUGUUUAGUGGGAUAUCUUCGUUUUGAGCAUGAAGUUUACGAAGCUGUGAAGCGAGAGGAAAAUAAGGAUAGACCACUGCAAAACGGAAAAGGAAUUGUGAAACUGAAAAUAUAA